UGGUUUUCUCAAAGAAAAAGGAAAUUACAUAUUUGUGGGGGGGAAAAAAUGGUUCAACGAGGGGGUGAUAUUGAUUGAGAAAAUACAUAAACAUCAGAGCAAAGGAUCUAACACUGAAUCCUAUUUUUAAUAGGGCUUUUGUCUGUCCCCACUCUGCCUGCCCCAUUCAUUCACUCCCCACUACUCAAUAAGGGGCACUCGGGCUGAAUAGACUUGAAUCUCUCUCUCUCUCUCUCUCUCUCUCUCUCUCUCUGUGAUUCCAUCCAUAGGUCUUUGUGCGAUGGGAGAUAGAAUCCCACCUGGGAGUUACUUCCAGUAUCCUCCUCCUGGAGUCCCUUCUUCUCCUAUCAGGUCUUCUUCCCUCCCUUCAGAUCGAGGCAGAUACUUGGCUGAAUUAUUGGCGGAGAAGCAAAAUUUGGGACCAUUUUUACAAGUUCUUCCCCUGUGUAGCAGACUUCUAAAUCAAGAAAUCAGACGGGUUUCUGGCUUCAAUCAAAGUUUUGUGGAUCGUGAAAGACUUGAGCAUGAGAGCCCACUUAGGUCGUUAGGUCAGCCCCCUAAUGGUAGAACAAUGGAUUUAGAAGGAUGGCCAGCAAUGCAAGUGGAGGAAAAUGGACAUAGCCAAAGAAUGGCCCCAUUUCAAACUCCUCCAAUGGGUUGGCCUGGGUUGCAAGGAGUUCCAGCUACUCCUAUCGUGAAGAGAGUUAUUAGACUUGAUGUUCCUGUGGAAAAAUAUCCAAGUUAUAAUUUUGUUGGCCGAAUUCUGGGACCGCGUGGAAACUCACUGAAAAGAGUUGAAGCCAUGACAGAAUGUAGGGUGUACAUAAGAGGAAGGGGCUCUGUUAAGGAUUCUGUAAAGGAAGAGAAACUGAAGGAUAAACCUGGAUACGAGCACCUUAACGAGCCACUGCAUGUGUUGGUUGAGGCGGAAUUUCCAGAGGAUACUAUAAAUGCCCGCUUGGAUUAUGCAGUGACAAUACUAGAAAGCCUUUUGAAGCCUGUGGAUGAAUCAUUGGAUCACUAUAAGAAGCAUCAACUAAGGGAACUGGCCAUGCUGAAUGGUACAUUAAGGGAAGAAAGUCCCAGCAUGAGCCCCAGCAUGAGCCCAAGCAUGUCUCCCUUCAACAGUACAGGAAUGAAAAGAGCCAAGACAGGAAGAUAACCAUUCAAUGUUGAUGAUGAUGAUGAUGUGACCCUGUUUAAAUUGGUGAAUAACUACUAGCAUGCUACUGGUUAUUAGCCUGAUGGCUGAACCUCAAGAGACGCGCUACUCGAACUCAGGAGGUAAUUUUGGGCUCUGAUUGUUUGGGCACCACAGAUGGAUUAACUGCUACUACAUUGAUUUUCAAACUUCUCUUCGCGUCUUCUAUGAUUUCUAUUCUUUCAUGUAUCAUUAAUUUCCAACUCUGAAGACUUUUUAUUUUAUUAUUUAAUUUGUAAC